UGACCCACUGACCGCUCUCUCCCAGGCAGUCAAUCGCACCACAAGCCACCACAACAAAACCCAGAGGUCUGUCAUGCAGGAUAUGCACAAUGACAGUACCAUGGAUUACUGCUUGUUCUCAUCUCUUCUUUUGGCACUGAAGAUUCCCACCGCACACUCAGCUCCCGAUUUCUCUCUUUAUCUUCACACCAUCCUGAAGAACCACACAGCUCAUGCUUGUGAGGGAGACAUGCUCAUCAUCGAGUGUCCCUCCAGGACGUCUGUGGCCGUCCUCUCAGCUUUCUACGGACGCCGUGUUCCUAAUCAGCAUCUAUGUCCCUCUGCAAACACAAACACAACCACAACUGUGGACGAGGAUACAGAGUGUACUUCUCCAGUUGCUGUUGAGAAAGUGCUGUCAGAGUGUCAGGAUCGGCGGUCCUGUCAUAUCCCUGUCUUCAGUCCAGUGUUUGGGCAGGACCCCUGUCCUCUCACCACCAAGUACCUUCUAGUCUCCUACAAGUGCAGACCAGAGCACCACCGCACGAGGCUGGUGUGUGAAAAUGAACGUCUGAGGCUGAUGUGUAAAAACGAGACCGUCCUGGCAAUCUACUCGGCCACGUUUGGACACCUGCUGCACGGCAGUCCUUACUGUCCUCAGGAACCUGGAUCACACAUUGACAUGGAGUGUUUGUCACCUUCGGCUCUGAGGAAGGUGUCACGCAGGUGUCACGGCAGAGCAAACUGCUCACUACUAGCCGAUACUCUAACCUUCGGGGACCCAUGUUUCCCUGGCACCAGGAAACACCUGCGGGUGUCCUUCACAUGUGUGCCCCGGUAUCUUCUGGAAGAUGUUGGUCGAGGGUCAACGGAUCCUUUCAUGAUCUCAGACUACACACACGGUGGAUGGUACACUGGCCCCACCUACAGGCCUCAAAACGUGCUAACCAACUCUCUGGAGAUCAUUGAAAAAAUAUUGGAGCUCCCAGAGCGAGUGGCUCUGUACUUUGUCUCUGGCAUCUGUGCUGGUCUGGUGUUCCUGCUCUGCCUGUUUGGUAUACGCUCCACACUAGUGAGGGAUGUGAAAGGUCUGGUGUCUGACCUGAAGGAUGAGCUGAAAGCUUCUCGCAGACAGCGCAAGGGGCUCAUGGAGGACCUCUUUGACGAUGACAUCUCAGACACAUCAUCCUUCCGUCGCCUCACACAAUCCUACCGCGCUACAGAAAUCCUCAAUCCGUCCACUUUGACAGUGGAGAUGGUCGAUCGUGGGGUGGAACAGACGAGGGAUCUGCCCAACGGAGACAUGUGGCCACAUCGAGACUCCAGCCCUUACGCCAUUCAUAAGAUUAAAACCUACAACAACUGAGAGAAGUCACACGUAUCAGUCAGUGUAGAGCUAAAAAAUCUGUUUGUCAUGACAUUUAAAUUGGACUGAAAUUACACACAGAGGUUUAUUUUACUUUUAAAACAAUGUAACUGUGCUUCUUUAUCCUUGUAUUGUCACUCAUGAACAAGUGACUCUAAACAGUAAAGAGUGAAAUAUACAAGGUCUUAAUGUGUUAGAUUAAUUACAAUCAUUAAGAUUAACAUCAGAUGAUUUGUUUGGUAAAUUAAUCCAAAAGCAAAUUAAAUGAAGUAACAGUGGGGCCAAAAAUGUAUCCCUAGCUAUCUUUCUGCCGACAUUUGUUUUGGUUCUAAGACAUUGUGUAAAAAUGUUGAGACCAGUAUAUACUGUACAUUAUAAAACAA